AUGACGCUGGCAAAGACUCCCACCCUCGUCCGGAAAGGCGACAACGGGAGCCCCUCCCAGCCCCCCCCCGGCCAGGGCACCAGCCAUCAGUGGGCAGCUGGUCCAGGAUGCCCGACUCCACCACCUGAGGACGGACGGCAUGGGCCCGAGUCACGGGAAGCUCGUCCUCCCGCAGGGCCAGAACCAGCGUGGACGGCAGCGCCGCCCCUCGUGGGACACCCGGGGCCACCCUGCACGGCACAGCACAGUGGGACCACUGAGCCAGCCUGUCCCUCCCCGGCAGCCAGCACGGCCAGGGCGGAGCAGAAGCACGUGUCUGUCCAGGGCAGGAGCUUCAGAAGCCACGGCGUGAUUCCCGCCAUGCCUUCCUCCCUCCUGCGGCGGCGACUGCGGGAGUGCGCUCGGGGAUGGAGCGCCCUCAGCCCGGGAUGCGUGGGGCCCCACGGACUCCGUCUCAGAGCACUGGCGGGGCUGCUUGUCACUGCGGCACAACGGGCUCAUCCUGGCUGCCAGCACAUCAUUCAGCCGGUGCGGACGGGUCCCCCGCCACCUGUCACACCCCGGGGCCUGCCGGGCACCAGCCUCUGGCGACUGACCCAUCCACGCCGAGGGCCUGCUCCCCCAUCGCCCCGGUCACUUCCCUCUGCUGCUCCCUGCGCCUCGGUUUCAAAAACCUGUGAACGAGGCGCAACAGCAAUCACCGUGCUUCCCGGGGGUGCUGAGAAGGGGGGGCUCACACAGGCAGCACUCGAGGGGAGCCCGGCCGCCAGGGGCUCGGCGGCACCGCCGCCAACAGGAGGUCACCUGGAGCCGUAAGAGGAGCGGCUGCCGGCUCAGAACUUCGUAGGAUCAAAACGUGACACAGAGAGGACACGCUUCUUUAACUCUUUCCCCCUUUGCUUUUAAUAAAAACAA